AUGAGACUCUUGGCUGUUCCGCUUGCCCGUGCUAGCCCUACGGCAUCCGCUGUCUCCACCUUUGUUUCCGCACCCCUUCCACCCUCUUCGGCAAUCGCGCGCAAUGCAGCUGCAGCACCUGUCUCGGCGCCAGGUAAAGGCAAUGAGAAGCCACAGCAACUGCCGCUCGCAACCCGACUGCUCAACAAAGCUUCCAACUACUGGCUUUCCCUCAAUGAGCCAGGUGCCAAGUCGACUUUCGACUGGAAGAGGCGGACGUACAGAGCUGGAGAGAGUUUGAUGGACAGGAUAGAGUACGAGGAGUGGGCGCUGAAAGGCGUCGAUCCUCAAGCAGGGCCUGUUUUGUCAGAGAUCCGGAGCAAGCGGGAGGCUUCAGCGAGUCAGUCGGCAGCGGAAGGCGCCGCGGAGAUUCAGCUGCUGUAUCCAGCCACGUAUCUUCAAGGCCCAGUCCUCAUUGCAGCGCUGAGAAAGAUGACCAAGCAUCGCACCCCGCACCACCGGUCUCGGCUCAUCUGGUGUUUGAUAGGAAUGCCUAUCACUAUCCCUUUCGCCUUGGUCCCAAUCAUACCCAAUCUGCCUUUCUUCUACCUCGUCUGGAGAGCUUUCAGCCACUGGCGGGAGCUGGAUGCCAUUCGGCCGGUUCCUUCUCAAGAAAUGGACACCAUCUUUACAGCAGCAGCACAAACGCCAGCAGCACAAACAGUAGGAUUGGGUAUCUAUGACGCGAAGGGGAGCGCCGCCUCCAGUUCUGUCGGUUCAAAGUCCACUGGAGUAUCACAGUCCCAAGCGGCGAUGGUGCUUCAGGCGCGGCACGUUGACAGGCUGGCGCAAUCGUUUUCCCUCUCAGCACAGACGGUGGUUGAUCUUAAUAGAGCGCGACUACAGACUCAAGCAAGCAUAGAGAAGGGUGAACUUGCGAAAUUGCUCGAGGCGGCGAAGGGAAUUGGCGGCUCCGCAGCUGCGCAGCAACGAGGUGCAGGUGAUGAGAAACGGCACGACUCCCCAACAAUACGUCCAUGA